AAAAAAUAAUAUUCGUACUUGAUGUAAUAAUUUUUGUGAAUAAUAAAAAAAUAUUUAUCAAUGAUUUUAUUGUUUGAGAAAAAAAAAAAGGUGGGAACAAGGGAUGAAAGAAGAUUUGGAGGGGAAAAAGAGGGCCAUUGAGGGUGAAUUAAAAGAGGGUGAGGGAGGUUACGGUACCAACGAGAGAUCAGUCGACCGAGUGUGUUCGUCGGCAACGGUCUUUGCAAUCGUAAUGCAAAAAAAAUAUUCAAAAAAAAAUAUAUAAUCAAAACUAAAAUAAUUUAUUAUUAUGUGAAAAAAUAACUUGAGAAAAUAGAGAGAAUAUUUAAAAUUAUAUUUUAAUUCAUACUUUGUUUCUUUAAAGUUGUACGUUUUCUGUUUUUUUUUUUUUUCUAUUUAAUUUAAUUUUGUAAUGCCGAAAAAAGAAUGCAGAUCAAAUUUGAUUAUCUAAUAUCAAAUAAACAUAAGAGUGAAAGUGGAGCAUACUGGGUGCCCAUUGAGAGUACCUUAGAGAGUCAUCGAGGUCGCAGGGUUGACAAAGAUGAUGGAAGAACACGAAGAAAAAAAAAUAAAUAACCCAAGUAAAUUCAUAAGACUAAGAUGAAACGAGUAUCAUGUAAUUACUCUAUGUUUUUUUGUUACAAUUUUUCAUGACAAAGAUUGAGUGAUAUAUAACAAAAAAAAAAAAAAAACAGUGAAAUUGAUUGUACAAGUUUUUCUUCUGGCUUAUGCAAAAGAAAAAUCAGGAAAUUAUAAAUUGAUUUAUAUAAAAAGUUUUAUUGGCUGACAAUAGUUAAAUUAAUUUUUUUGUUAAAAACGAAAUAAUUAUAAUUAAUAAUUAAUUAACAAAAUGAAACUUGGUGAUAAAAUGACGACUGUUAAAGCUUCCAAUACUUGGGGCGAUGUUUGUCCCAGAAAAGUUCGACCUCCGCAUAUCGGUGAAAUUCCUCGACAUGUGGCAGUCGAUGAAGAGUCACCAUGUUCAUCAUCAAAUAAAUUCUCAGUCACGUUGCCUGAAGUUACAAAGUCAAUGCUAGAUAUAUCAACACUGGUGUCCCAUGGGGAUACCAAAAUAUACGACAGUAACAAUUCAAAAAAUAAUCUUUACGAAAAAUCAGCUGACAUACUAAAAAUUGUGUCUCUUGAUAGUCAUCCUGAUACUUUAUAUUCAAAUAAAAUAUCACACUCGCAAAGCUCAAAGUGUCCAAUUGACAAUUUUGAUAUAAAAAAUCAUAUAUAUAACAAUGUUUUAUCAGUAAAUGAACAACAAUUGACAGGUAAAAUUGACACUCAUGAUGAUAAAAAAAUUGUAAAAUAUGAAAAUGCAAAAACAAGAUGGCAAAGUUGUGAUAUUUUAACAGAAAAAAGUAUUGAUAAAGUUAAUAUGACCUUUGAAUGUAUAGAAUGGAAUUUAAAUACACCAAAUUGUUGUGAAAAAAAAACAAAUAUGACAAAUCAUUUUGGUGAGGGAAAAAUUGAAUCAAUUGAACGUAAAGAUAGUGCAAUUUAUCUCGAGGAUAUUGAUGAAUCAACAGAGAUGAAUAAAUUAAAAGAAUUAACUGAAAAUGAUAUAUCACAAAGAAUAACAUCAUCAUCAUCAUCAUCAAUUGUUGCAAUGUCUGAUUGUGUUGAUAAACAAAUUGAAAAUUUUGAAAUUGAUAAUCAAAUAAUAAUGAUGAGUGGUAAAAAGGGACAGUCAAGAUAUUGCAGACCAAGAAGAGAAAGUAGUGGAUAUAUGAGUAAUUUAAGUACAUUUGAUGAUGACAGAAGAACUUCAGUAAGUAAUGAUGUACUUCAGGGAAUUCAGGGAUUACAAUUUAUCAAAGAAAGAAGAAGAUCAUCAACUAAAAGAUUUAAUACAACAAGAUUGAUGAAAGAUGAAGAAUCUGAUAUGCCUGAUAUUGAAGAAGUCAAAGAAUCUCUAAGAGAAAAUUCAAUAUCAAAUAACCCAAAUGAAAAUAUACUAGAAACAGAUAACAUUACAAAUAUUGAUAAUGAAAAAAAUAUUAUUAAAAAUUUAACAAAAUUAAAUAUAAAUUAUGAUAAUAAAAUAGAUAAAAAAAUUUUACAUAAUAGCUUUGAUAAUGAUAAAUCUAAUUUACAUCAAAAUGAUGACAUAUCAAUAGGAAAAAUAAUUACAAGUCCAAGAACACGUCAAAGAAAACGUGUGAUACAUCAGUACAGUUCACCAUCAUCAUCAUCAUCAUCAUCAUCAUCAAAUUUAGAACUUGAAAGAAUACCAGAAAAAUCAUGUAUUAUUUAUUCACAAGAAAUUAUUGAUAAAACCAAAAAUCAAGAAAUGACUAUUGUCAUUGAUGAUGAUAAUGAUGAAGUAUUUAAUUGUAAAGAAAAACAAAUAAAUACAAAAAAUAUAUUUACAAAAAAUGAAUCAUCAAAUGUUAAAAAUAUAUUACCAAAAUCAAUAAAAGUUUAUCAGCUUUUAUCAACUCAAUCAGAGGAUCGUGGUGAUGGUGAACCAAGAUUAAUGGAUAGACGUAUAUCAUUACAAAUUAAUCAUCAUGAUGAUGAUGAAGAACAAUUACCAGUAAAUAAAAUUGGAUUACCUGAUAAUAAACAAUUUAUUCAUGCUGAUAGUUCGCCUCAUUUGAAAAUACCAAGUGUUAAUAAUGAGGAAAAAAGUAUUGAUGUUAAUAAAAAAAAUCAAUUGUCAUUGCCAAUUAGAAAAUUAUCAUCACCAGGUGAAUUUGGUAUUGCACAAAAAUUAUUGAGUGAUAAUGAAAAUAUUGGUGUUCGUCCAAUUUAUCCAUACUGUCCUUAUUCACCGUAUGGAAGUCCACAAGGUUCACCAGGUACCAAGCGAAGACCUCUCAGGGAAAGUCGACGUGUAUCAAUUGAUAAUCGACAUGGUGCAUUGCAAUUAAAUCAAUAUAAACUACUUGACAAUAUUGGACAGGGUUCAUUUGGUAUUGUUAAAUUGGCAUAUAAUGAAGAGGAUGAUACACAUUAUGCAAUGAAAAUAUUGAGUAAAAAAAAAUUAAUGAAAAAAGCUGGUAUAUUUGGACGUAUGGCACCAGGAAAAAAAAGUAUAACAAAUCCAUUGGCAAAAGUAUAUCGUGAAAUAGCAUUAUUAAAAAAGCUGGAUCAUCCAAAUGUUGUUAAACUUGUUGAGGUACUUGAUGAUCCUGAUGAAGAUAAUUUAUAUUUAGUAUUUGAAUUGGUACAAAAAGGUGAAGUAUUACAAAUUCCUACGGAUAAACCACUUGAUGAAAAUACAGCAAGAAUUAAUUUUCGUGAUGUUGUCAUGGGAGUUGAGUAUUUACAUUAUCAACGAAUUGUUCAUCGUGAUAUUAAACCGAGUAACUUGCUGGUAGACAGUGAUGGUCGUGUUAAAGUUGCUGAUCUAGGUGUUAGUGCAGAAUUGAGAGCAUCUGGUGAGCUUUUAUCUGGUUCAGCUGGUACACCAGCAUUUGCUGCUCCUGAAACUACAAUUCCAGGUGCUCAGUAUUCCGGAACGGAAUCGGAUAUUUGGUCAAUGGGAGUUACGCUAUAUUCUAUGGUUACUGGAAAAAUACCAUGGGAUGGAUCUGGAAGUAUAAUUGGUGUACAAUCAGCAGUACGAACUGAACCACUACGUUUUCCUGAUGAACCAAUUAUCAGUAAUGAAUUACGUGAUUUAAUAACAUGUAUGCUUAUUAAAGAUCCAACAAUGAGAAUAAAUUUAAACAAUAUUAAAACACAUUGUUGGAUUACAAAUAAUGGAAAAGAACCAUUACCAAGUGAAGCAGAUAAUUGUCGUCUUCCUGUUACUGUUACUGAUGAAGAAAUUGCUAGAGUUGUUACACGUGUACCAAAACUUGAUACACUUAUUUUAAUUAAAACAAUGCUUAAGCAACACAGUUUUCAGAAUCCAUUUUUGUCGAGAAAAAUUAUCAAGCCAUCUUCAAAUGAAACAAAUUCAAGUAUAUCAGCAACUGGUGAUUGUAAUGUCACUGAAAAUCAUUGUGAAUCGGUCAAAAAUAAAACUGAAAAAUUUCACAAAGCCGGAAGAAGUAACUCUGCACCUGACUCGUAUGACUGGCAAACAAAUGGAAGACAAGUUUCAAUUGAUACUCCAUUGACGCCAGUUAUUGAGGUAGAAGUUGAGAAACGGUGACAUACAACAAUGAAUUCAUCGAUGAAUAUAUCAGACGAUUCAAGGGAAACAAGAGUCGUGACUAUGAUAAAAAAAUAGUACAUAGAUAUAUUAUAUAUAAUUUGUUUUUUGUUUUUUAAUUUUAAUAAUAAUCGUCCGAUUUUUUGUACUUGAAAAAUGUAAAAAAAAAAACGAAAAUCGUUAAUGAAGAAUUGUAUCAAAUUUCAUCGAGAAAUUCAAAAGGAAUUGAUUUAUUUUUUUUUUCUAAAAUCAAUAGGGUCAAAUAGACUCACUUAAAAAAAUUUAUAAUAAAUUAAUAAUAGAUAAAUAAUAAUUAAUAAAUAAUUUCAUAGGUUAUUUUAAUUUUUCUUUUUAAAUAAAUAAAAUUUUUUUAUAAAUUUUUAAAUAUGUAUAAAUUGAUUGAUAAAAUUUUAAUUGUUAUUUUUUUUUAUUUAAAUAUGUGUAUAUAUACUUUUUAAAGAAAAUUGAAAUUAGUAAGGAGGACCAAUUGUAGUGAAAAAUUUUAAAUUUAAAAAAGACCAAAGUUUUGAUUAAAAAAAAAAUUAAAAAACACAAAUGUCUCGGUAUUGAUUUGAUGAUUUUAAAUUAAAUCUAUUAUUUUGAUAAUUUAUUUUCGAUUAAAAUUUAAAUAUCUUGGAUGAAUAAUUGAAAUUUUAAUAGUCGAGAACAUAUUCGAUUUAGGGGGACCAUUAGAAUAUAAAAAUUGAUUGGAAAAAAUAAAUUAAUGUCAUAGUAAAAUGAUGAUUAUUAAAAGCGAUUGUCUUUUUAUUUUUAAUAAUAAAUUAUUGUUAAAAAAAUAGUAAUUUUAUAUGUGAUAGAAAUAAAUUAAAUAAAAAAUUGUUAAUUUUAUUUAACGUUAUUAUAACGGGUUUGAUUUUUAGAUAAAAAAAAUUUAAAAUAAUAAUUGUUUAAAAAAUCAAUCUUACUAUUUCUACGAAUUUUUAUUGAAAAAUAUGUACUUAUCACAAUGAAGAAGACAAAAAAAUAUAGUUUUUAAAAUUAUAUUUUUUUCUUCAUUAUGAAAUUUUGUUUGUAUAUAAAAAAAAUUAAAAAAUACAUGUAAAUUUAUCAAGUGAAUUUUAAAACACUAAUAUAUAAAAUUGUAAAUUGAAAUUAAAAAAAAAAAGAAUUUUCUCUUUUUCAUAAAUUUUUAAUAAUUAAUAGAAAUAAAAUUGAUUUUUUUCUCUAUUCAAAUGUCUAUUGCAAUAUUAAAACUUUCACAAUUAAUUAAAAUUCAAAUUGACUAGUUAAUUAAAAAUUUACUCGCUAUUUAUUUUAUUAUUUUUUUUUUUAAAUUUGCACAAAAUAUUUUGUACACUUGAAUUUAAUAUUUAUCGUUAAAUCAAAAUUUAAUAUAUAAUACAAUACGCACAUUUUGUCGAAAAAUAAUAAAUUAAAUUUUCAUUUUAAAAAUAAAGAUAAGUAAAAUUAUAUAAAAGAAUUUUUUGUUUUAUUGAAAUAAUAUAGUUUACAUUGUUUUUAUCGACAAAUAAAUAUUUAUAUUUAGAAUAUAAAUUUUCUACGAAUUUCCUCAUUAAAAAAAAAAAAAAAAUUUAUAAAAAUUAUUAGAAAAUGUAAUUACUGUACAGUGUUUUUCGAUUUUUUUAAUUAUUUUUUUUUCGUUCUGAUACUUGAUAAUUCUGUAACUAUAAUUACGAUAUUUUUUUCUGUCUAAUAUUUAAUUCAAAAAUUAAAAAACAAUAUUUAUUAAUAAAUUUUGAAAAUGAAAAAAAAAAAAAAA